AUGUCUGGUCUUACGACAACGAUUAUGCCCUUUGCGGACCUGCCGGCCUGCGCUCAGAAAUGCGGUCCGCUAUACGAUGCCAAUGGUGCUUGCGUGCCCCCUGCCGUCCCGGCUGCCGACGCCAACGUCUAUGACACCUGCUUCUGCAGUCAGGCAAACCUCCAGCCUUUCAAGACGGCCGCCACCGGUGUAUGUGACGCUGCGGGCUGCGAUGCCGCCGGCUUCAGCAGUAUCCAAGGAUGGUACACCUCGUUCUGUAAUUCCGUUGCCGGCGGUGCCGCUACUCAGUCAUCCUCCGCCGCAGGAUCCACAUCGACGAGCGGAGCAUCAAAAGGAUCUUCCAACAGCGGAAACGGUGGCGACUGGCUCUCCAACCACUGGAGAUGGGUUGUGAUGCUCGUGAUCCUCGUCGUCGCUAUCGCCGGCAUCUGGGUUGGCGCUUGUAUCUGGCGUCGGCGCUACCUCCGCCGGAAGGACCGUAUGUACGAGCUCGGCAAGCACGCCCACCAGGGCCCCAGCGGCAUCAUCGCCGGCUCCGGCGUCAACGUCAACCACGCCGGCAUCGUCAACUCGCCUGGCCAAUUUAUGCCUGGGUCCCAUCCUGCGGUCUACGAUGAGAAGCCCCCCAAGGAGAAGAAGAAGUGGGUCGUCAACCAGCGGACGUAG